AUGAAGAACUCUGUUGGGAUAUGCAGAGUUGGCGGAGUGCAGGCCCGCGGUGAGGCGCGCCGCCCACACCCGCCGCCCACACCCGCCGCCCACACCCGCCGCCCACACUCACCGCCCACACUCACCGCCCACACCCGCCGCCCACACCCGCCGCCCACACCCGCCGCCCACACUCACCGCCCACACUCACCGCCCACACCCGCCGCCCACACCCGCCGCCCACACCCGCCGCCCACACACUCACCGCCCACACUCACCGCCCACACUCACCGCCCACACCCGCCGCCCACACCCGCCGCCCACACCCGCCGCCCACACUCACCGCCCACACCCACCGCCCACACCCACCGCCCACACCCGCCGCCCACACUCGCCGCCCACACCCGCCGCCCACACCCGCCGCCCACACCCGCCGCCCACACCCGCCGCCCACACUCACCGCCCACACCCGCCGCCCACACCCGCCGCCCACACCCGCCGCCCACACUCACCGCCCACACUCACCGCCCACACCCGCCGCCCACACCCGCCGCCCACACCCGCCGCCCACACCCGCCGCCCACACCCGCCGCCCACACCCGCCGCCCACACCCGCCGCCCACACCCGCCGCCCACACCCGCCGCCCACACCCGCCGCCCACACCCGCCGCCCACACCCGCCGCCCACAACAAUAG